AUGCCGAAUCGCAAGGCCAGCAGGAAUGCCUACUACUUCUUCGUGCAGGAGAAGAUCCCCGAGCUGCGGCGGCGAGGCCUGCCCGUGGCUCGCGUGGCGGACGCCGUGCCCUACUGCUCUGCUGAUUGGGCGCUCCUGGGCCAAGAUGAAAAGGAGAAAUAUGCAGACAUGGCUCGAGCGUGGAGGGCCGCCCAAGGAAAGGAGUCUGGGCCUCCGGAGCAGCAGAAACCUGACGGCGCCCCGCUGAGGAAGCCAGGCACGCCUGCGCCGGAGCAGAGCGUUUCACCCCCCGACGUGUCAACUUUGUCUCUGAAAAGUGAUCAAGCUCUCCUUGGAGGUGUCUUUUAUUUUUUGAACAUUUUCAGCCACGGCGAACUGCCUCCGCACUGCGCGCGGCGCUUCCUCCCCUGCGAGAUCGGCUGCGUGCGGUACUCGCUGCAGGAGGGCAUCAUGGCCGACUUCCACAGCUUCAUCAACCCCGGUGAAAUUCCACGAGGAUUUCGGUUUCAUUGUCAGGCUGCAAGCGAUUCUAGCCACAAGAUUCCCAUCUCAAACUUUGAGCCUGGACGUGACCAAGCGACUGUGCUCCGGAACCUGUACAGGUUUCUUCGCCCGCACCUGGGGAGCUGGCCGCCCGUGUACUGCAAGUCGGAUGACCGAGCCCGUGUUAACUGGUGUCUGGAGCACAUGGAGACGGGCACAGAAGCCAGGCAGCACCUCAGCCUGCUCGCUGUCGAGGACCUCGUGGUGGGCAUCUACCAGCAAAAGUUCCUCAAGGAGCCGUCCAAGACCUGGGUGCGCAGCCUGCUCGACGUGGCCAUGUGGGAUUACUCGAGCCACACGAGGUGCAAGUGGCACGAGGAGAAUGACACCCUGUCCUGCGCCCUGGCCGUGUGCAAGAAGAUCGCGUACUGCAUCAGCAACUCCCUGGCCACGCUCUUCGGCAUCCAGCUCACCGAGGCCCACGUGCCGCUGCAGGACUACGAGGCCAGCAGCCAGGUGACGCCCAAAAUGGUCAUCCUGGACGCCGGGCGGUACCAGAAGCUAAGGUUUGAGAGUCCAGGAUUCUCUCAUUUCAACUCUUCUCACCAGGAGUCGAGAGCACACGCAGCCACCGGUGACCACCCCGCCGGGGCGAAGGUGGCGGGCACCCGCAGCCAGGCGCGGGGGCGAGGGAUCACGCGCCUGCUCGAGAGCAUCUCCGGCCCCUUCAGCCACGCGCCUCGGCUCUCCAGCUGCGAGGCCGCCCUCUCCCCUCCCGUGGCCCCCAAGGAGGGGCCCAGCUCCUUCCCACCCCUGUCCCAGUGA